AUGAACAAGUGCAAGCAAGCCGGUCGCCCGAUGCUUUCGGAGCAGCGCCGGGAGACAUUAGGUUCAAUGUACAGUCUGGUCGGUAGCCACAGUGCAGUGAAACUAUGCCGCUGGCAGAAGUCAAUGAUGCGUGGAAUGGGCGGCUGUUACAAGUGGACGAUGUAUGGCAUUGAGUCCCAUCGCUGCAUGGAGGCAACACCCAGCAUGGCAUGUGCCAACAAGUGUGUGUUCUGCUGGCGAUUAAAUACUAAUCCUACAGCGACAGAGUGGAAAUGGCAAGUCGAUAACCCACACGACAUUGUCGAGGGGAUGUUGACCAGCCACAAAACCCUUGUUCAUGAGGUGCAGGGUAUGCCCGGUGUAACGGCUGAAAGCUUGGAGGAAGCAAAGAACCCCAAGCACUGUGCCCUUUCUCUCGUGGGGGAGCCCAUCUUAUACCCCAAAGUUAAUGAGUUUCUUCACAUACUCCACACAAAGGGGAUUUCUACGUUUCUUGUCAACAACGGUCAGUUCCCCGAAGCAGUGGAGAAUUUGGCGACCGUCACACAGUUGUAUUUGAGUGUUGACGCACCCAACAAGGAAGUGAUGAAGAUUUUAGACAGACCAGUUUUCGCUGAUUACUGGGAUCGCUUUAACCAAAGUGUCCUCUACAUGAAUCAAAGAAGGGAAAGAACCGUUUUUCGCCUGACGAUGAUCGAUGGGUUCAAUAUGAGUGAGGACAACUUGCGAGAGUAUAAGGUUCUCUUCGAGGUGGGUCGGCCAAACUUUAUUGAGUUGAAACGGUUAACACCAGCGUUCUCUGGGAAUGACAGGAGCAUAUUGAGGAUGAAGAAUGUUCCCACAUGGGAGGGGUUGAAGACAUACGCCGCUCGCUUGUGUGAGACUAUACUCGAUGGUAAGGAGUAUAGUGUGGCAUCAGUACACGAGCACUCUGGGUGCAUUCUCUUGGCGCAAAAUCGCUUCAAAGUUGAUGGUGUUUGGCACACGUGGAUCGAUUUUGACAAGUUCAAUGCCAUGGUGCUCGAUCCUGCUGUUCGGCCGCGGAUUGUAGCCGAUGGUUACCUGCGCCCUACACCUGAUUGGGCUCUACCAGAUUCUCAGAGUGCUGGUUUCGACCCAGCUCAGUGUAGGCGCAUCACACCCCGACGUCAGAAGUACAUGGAUGCUAACGAGGGAUCUGCCCCGUGA